AGGGUCAAGGAGGUAGAGCCAGAGAAGGGAAGGAGGUGGAGGAGGGAAGGGCGGCCUAGUAUGGCAAGCAGUAGCAGUGGGUCAGGGGUUGGAAGGGGUAGGGUGUGUAACGAGCGGACGGUGGUCAAGUCGUUCUUUAGGGCGGUCGGGCAUGGGAAUGUGCGCAAGGUGGUGGGCAUGAUCCGCAAGCACGGACGGGGUAUGGUGGAUGUGCGUGAUGGCGUGAAAGACUGGCUGCCGAUCCACUUUGCGUGUGUGUGCGGGAAGCGUGACAUGGCCAAGGUGCUGAUCAAAGCAGGGAGCAAGAUCAAUGCGGCGGCAGGGCCAACCGGAAACACGCCGCUGCAUCUCGCGCUGCUCAACCGGCACUGGAAGCUAGCGCGGAGUCUGGCCAAGCGCGGCGCAGAUUGGGAAGUGCUCAACAGCAGCGGUAAGACGCCACGAUUGCUGUUGCUGGAGGCACAGGAGUUUGGUAGUGGCGCGCGCGGCGGCACUGGUGUAGGCGGCGGCGACGGCAGUGGCAGCGACGUGGCCUCGUUCGACAGCAGGACCGAGUCGUCGUCGAGCGACGGCAACGGCGACGGCGAGGUAGUUGAUGGUGUCGGCUUUGGCUCGUUGGCUGACUUUUAUCGGCGGACGGCGUCGGGCAUGGCGUCGGACGACGACAUGUCGUCAACGGAGGGCGAGGGGCGGCUCCGGCGGCUUUCGCUCGCGCGACGGUCGUCCAUUGGGCCACGGCGGCAGUCGAGCAAGGCCACCGGCGGGGCGCCUGAAGUCAUUGUCGCGCGAUCAAGCUCGUCUGCUGGCUACGUGGCGCCGUUCCCGAUUGUAACACCCAACGACGACCCGCCGAUCUCGCUGCGGAGACUACGGGAAGAGCUCAAGGACAAAGUCUCUGUCUUUGCUGAGCAUGCCACGGUGCGCAAGACCGAUGUGGAUCAGGACACGAUUGUGGUGCGGCUGAAGGCGCCUGACGACUCGACCAAGAAGCUCAUGGUCAACUCGAGCUGGACUGGUGAGGAGUUGGAGAACUUUUGCUGCGCGCGGGCGAACCUCAGCCGGGCCGAGGCCGAGCUCAUGGAGCUCGUUGUGCUGGACUCGGGCGAUGAACAGAGCAUCGUAACGUAUGUCUUUGCGCCCGAGCCAAUCCAGGCACAAGGUAUCACGCACGGCACGCUGCUCUACCUCCGGGUCAAGUACUUUAAGAUUCCGGUUAAGCCGUCGGUUCCGCUGCUGACGGUGCUCAAGGAGCAGCUGCUGUCUAACAUGAUGGACGGCUCAAUGAUUCUCUCGGAGCGGCUGGCGAUCAAGCUGGCCGGCCUCCAGCUGGUCAUUUCCAAUGGUCCAUUUCGACCCAAUACCUUUUACAAAGGCUUUCUCUCGGACGUCUCGAUCCUCAGAUACUACCUGCCGCCGUAUCUCAUCGAGCGGUACCCGCCCAAGCUGUGGGAAGACCGACUACUUGCGGCGUACAGCGCGGUAGGAGAUAUCGAGCUCUCGAAGGCACUGCAAGUGUACGUGGAGACUUCGCAGCAGUCGCCUAACUACGGGGCGACCAUGUUCAAGGGUCGUGCCAAGACGAACGGGAUGUAUGCACAGCUGGGCGUGGCGCAGGACGGCGUGUACAUUGACGUGCGCGGAGCGGCGCCCAAGUUCUACGGAUUUUACCGAUCGAGUGGCAAGACGCAACACUUGCCGAACCUAGUCGGAUGGCAGGGAGCGGUUGGUGGCGGAGGACGAGUCGUGCUCCACCUACGCGAAGGCGUGGCUGGGGCGUCCGUGCAGCAAGUUGAGUUUGAUAUCACGGGUGGCGCGUGUGUAGCAGUUGAGUUUCUCGACUUGCUCUCAGGCUACUACAUCCUGCUAGUGUACUCGGACGCACUGUACGACCAUCCAAUCCUUGUGUUGGACGAGUCGAUGUGGCUGCUGCCGCGCGAGCCGCUUCCGCUCCGGAUUGCAUGCCAGCCAGCGGCGACGCGAGCGCCUAACAUCCCGUAUUCGGACCUGGACUGGUUUGUGGAGCACUACCACGCACAGUGCGUCAAUCAGAGCAGCCCGCCGCUGGUCUCGAUCUUCCAUCGACUGCACUCGGCAAUGGACGAGGGAAGGCCGUGGACCAGCCUCGAUGUGACGGACGCGCGGUCGUCGACGUCGCAGCUGCGGGUGCUCAACUUUGCCAUCAAGAGCUUGGGCGCACUGGAGCGAGAUGCGUUCAUGGUGCCGGGGCAGAUGCGGCUGACGCGUGUCUCGUUUGCCGACUCGCGUAUUGGCGCGCGUAAGGACCGCCUCGGCGCAGCAGUGGAGAUUAUGGCGACGCUUGGUUUGACCUUUGCAAUCGCGACCGUCGAUGUGAGCAGGUGCGAGCUGCAGUCAGCGGAGCAGUACUCGCGACUCGCAGCAGGUCUUUCGUUCAUUGUGCCGCUGAACAAGCUGGUUCUUGACGGAAAUGAGCUGUGCGGCAAGGAGGCCGUGUCGGAGCUCAAGAGUGGGCUGCACGCCGGCAAACAAGAGCUGCAGCAUGUGUCGUUUGUUGAUUGUAAGAUGGACGACGAGGCCAUCAUCGGGUUUGGAGGGCGGCUUUACGACGAAGAGUCUACCAUCACUUACCUGGACAUCUCGCACAACCGCAUCACCGAUUUUGGAUUUGAGCACGGUCUCAUGGUCAACAUCCGCCACGGUACGUCACUCGCCUCGCUCAACAUCGGGUACAACGACAUGUCCUCGAGCUCGACGGCGAUGUUGGUCGAGAAACUUCACGAAGGGAUUACUAUGUACGUGCUCGGGCUUGGCGAGUUUAACCUCAAGAGCAAGCACAUGGCCGGAAUUGUGGAGCGUUUGGGCGCAGUUGGCGUUCUCGACAUCUCGCACAACUCAGUGGGAAAAGGCUUUCGAGAGCUAGCGGAGGAGCUGGCGACCAACGCCACGCUUCGAGUUCUGCAGGCCGAGCAUGCCUCGAUCGAAUCCGGCGGCGUCGAGCUGCUCAGUAUGUCGCUGGCGGUCAACCGGCACCUGCGCGAACUUGCGCUUGGCUCCAACGCUCUCUCGUCCAAGAUGGCGCUCAAGCUGAUGGAGGGCGUAGCACGAAGCAGGAUGCUAACCGAGCUCGAUCUCUCGAACAACUCGCUCGGUAAGAAGUUUGGCGCCGGGCUCGCUGCUGCGCUCGGAACUGGAAGCUGUGUCCUCGAGAAGCUUGUACUGAAAAACAACUCGCUCGGGGCGAGCGGAAUCCAGGGCGUGGCGUCUGCGAUUGUAAGCCUGCCACAACUGACGUCUCUGGACGUGUCCGACACCUCGGCCGAGGACGCUGGAUUACUGGCGCUGGGCAGGGCGCUCGUGGGCAACACACAUGUCGCGAGCCUCUCAGUUGCCGGCAACUACGUGUCUGAGGAGGCGCUGUGGGAAUUUGUCUUGCUCAUGCAGGACAACGUCGGGCUCCGGGUCAUCAACGCAACUCGCAACGCGCUCUUUGAGCCGAAAGCGUUCGAGACCCAGCUCGCCAAGUUCAAGGUCCUCGUCGACAUCGACGUGUCGUUCACGGAUGGCACCGCCAGCGCAGUGACGCAUCGUCUUGCGAGCUGGGGGCAUCGUUUGAAGUUCAUGUAGGGGGCGGCCACAAUCUCAAAAACAAGCGCAUGACAAACGAAA